AUGAGUGGGAGACAUUUCAUUAUACUAGUUUUGUAUGUAGAUGACAUUUUACUAGCCUGCACAAAUCUCACCAUGUUACAUGACUGCAAGAAUUUCCUAUCUAAGAACUUUGAAAUGACUGAUCUAGCUGAGGCAUCAUAUGUUUUAGGAAUUGAUAUAAGUAGAGAUCGAAAAAAUGGGGUACUUGGACUAUCACAAAAAUCCUACAUAGAAAAGGUGCUCAAGAGAUUCAGUAUGCAAAACUGCACAGGAAGUGAUAUUCCUAUUGCAAAAGGGGAUAAACUAAGCACUGAACAAGCACCUAAGACUGAGCAAGAAAAGUUGGAAAUGGUUGACAAACCAUAUGCUUCACUGGUAGGAAGCCUAAUGUAUGCGCAGGUUUGUACCAGACCUGACUUGGCCUUUGCAGUCAGUGUGCUAGGAAGAUUUCAGUCCAAUCCUGGACAAGCUCACUGGAUUGCAGGGAAAAGAGUUUUAAGAUACUUGCAAAGGACAAAAGAUUAUAAACUGACAUUCAAAAGAAGUGACACGCUGGAAUUACAAGGAUAUGCAAAUGCUGAUUUUGCAGGAUGUCAAGACUCCUUGAAAUCAACAUCAGGUUUUGUAUUCGUGUUUGGAGGAGGUGCAGUGUCAUGGAGAAGUGUAAAACAACCUCAGACAGCAGGUUCAACUAUGUUUGCAGAGUUUCUAGCAUGCUAUGAGGCCACCUCUCAAGCCAUAUGGUUAAGAAAUUUCAUUAUCAGUUUGAAUGUGGUUGAAUCGAUACACAGACCAAUUCAAAUAUGGAAUGAUAACAGCGCAGCAGUUUUGUUUGCAAAAGGAAACAAAAGAACAAAGGGUUCAAGACUAUUGGAUGUCAAGUUCAUAAUAGUGAAGGAGAAAAUUGCUUAA